UGUUUUUUAGACUGAUUUUUCACUUGAAAUUCACGGAUAUCUGUCAGGCUAAUUCAUGACACGAUUCUUAACUGUCGCGCUGGAGAAAAAAUGCAAAGGAAACAGUACACUUGAUCGGAUUUGAGAAUGUUUGCGUUCAUGUUAUCGCAGAUGACCCAGAAUUAUUGCCGAGAUGACUAAACAACAAGAGGUAUUGACGGCUUUAUAUCGCCCUUUAAAUUGACAUACUCGCAUGGAUUACACUAAGGUUGUGCAGUGCGGUCAUAAAGCAGAAUCUGUGUGACGCGCCGUCAUGUACAUGUACGCAUGCAAAUCCGACGUGGGUGACAGUUCAAGUCGUGCUAGAUGAUCCAGACUGCAGUGCGGAGCAAUGAGAUGUUGCUGUUCAUAAACCGGGUACUGUAGAGGAGGUUCCCACUGUGAUAUAAAUCAAGGUGAAGGUUUAGACCUGAAUACCCUCAGGCCUAACGAGUUCAACUGGGAUCACAAUCUCUGCGCCUGGUUGUAGUUGAUUUGGUACAUUUUCAAACUGGGAUUUUUCACAGUCCUUAUUCAAAGGCGCGCGCGACUGUGCUUCAACGAGUAUGAACUUCGACGAUUUCUUGAAGAUUUUGGGAGAAUUCGGAACCUAUCAAAAGCAAAGAUGUGCUUUAAUAUGCGUCGUCGCUUUUUACUCUGUGAUAUCUACACUGGGGGUGGUCUUCUACGGUGCGGAGCCCUUCCAUCAUUGUAAAAUACCCCAGGAACGUUUAGAGUAUGUAUCAAGAACGUAUGGGAACUUGUCAAAAGAGCAACUUCUAGACAUGAACGUGCCAUAUACGAAAUACGGCAAACGAAAUGGCUGUGCAUUAUACCGCAUGGAUAUAACGUUAACCAACGGCUCUAUUUCCGUGUUUCAAAAUAUAACUGCAGCAAAUUCUUCCACUUCCGGAAUAUUGCAGCGUCUUAUGACUACCUCUUUAGAGAGUGAUGUUGAGUAUGCGCAGACGGUGAAUUUGACAACCUCCUCGGAUAGUCUGUGGAAUAGCACUGUUUGGAAAUCACAGGAGACGUACCCAUGUCCUGUUGGCAGAUACUACAGUACGGACGAGUAUCAGGCCACCAUUGUUUCCGAGUUUGACCUCACGUGCGACAACGCGUGGCAGCUGAGCACGUGCAGUUCCGUUUUCUUUGGAGGUAAACUGGUGGCAAUUUUGGUGUCAGGGAUUCUCUCAGACAGGUUUGGACGUAGGCCUAUUUUCUUGGGAAGUGUUGUAGUAUUGGCAGCCUCUGGUAUUGGGUUAGCGUUUUCUCCUAAUAUGGCGGUUUUCUGUAUCCUCUAUGUUAUUCAAGGUGCCAGUGAUUCCAGCAUGUACAUAUCACUUUAUACAAUGGGUAUGGAACUGGUGGGAACAAAGUACAGAAAAUUAAUAGGAAUGGGCAUGGCAAUAUCCUUUGGAAAUUGGCGCUAUCUGGCUUUGGUAGCUUGUUCACCCGCUGUUAUUAUUAUAUUCUUCUAUUUUGUUUUCAACGAGUCGGUGAGAUGGUUGCUAUCACGAGGUAGACACAAAGAGGCUAAAAGAAUAAUCACUAAAGCAGCACGAAUAAACAAGAUCAAAUUAGGAGAAGAUACAAGGGAGCGGCCUGUAAAAGAGGGAGAUGAGGAAAAACAAACAAAAACACUCUCAGCUGAAUCUGUUCAGGAUCUGGAAGAGAACUGUUCUGACUUUAAAGCUUGCGUUUUGCAGCCACAAAAGUUAAAGAUGUUUGCGUGUUGA